AUGGCGCCGGGUCGCCCUCGAGCUCUGGAUAUUUACGAGCAAAUGAUUGAGAUUUACCACUUGCAGAACCGUACUGCAGAAUUGCAGGCGCUGAGCUUGAAUGGGCCAGCCGCGAAAGUCCCUUUGGCAAGGGAGCGGUUCGAUAUCCUGCUGAUCCAGGAAAUUCUUAGAUGGGAGAGUGAGCUUGAUCGACUGACGAAUAUGGACGUGUGA